UUAGAGAUUACGUUUACACUUCAAAACGAGGCUCUGUGGAAUAUAGCAAAGACGAUUGGAAUGUUUGGAAUUUAUCAAAUUAAGCAAUGUUCACACCAAUAUCAGCUUUUAAAUGGUGAUGAAAUCAGUGGCUAGUUGUAUAUCAGAUGGCUAUGUGUUAGCCACAUUUGGGUAAAGGUGUAUAAUGUCUACACUAUCGGGGUCACAGACAUCAGGAAAGAAAAGAAAGGCAGUAUGUGUGCAGCUGUUGAACAAAGAAGAAUAUGUCUGCUAUGUAGAUGUAAAAUCAAAGUUCCAAGAUGUUUUCAACCAAGUAGCAACAUAUCUUACACUUAGAGAGACAGAAUACUUUGGUCUUGCUUUUAAGAAAGAAGGAGAGUACCAUUUUGUAUCAAAUGAUGACAAGGUACACAAACACACACACAAGACAUGGAAAACGGGGCCAGGAGAUGGAUUCGAUGGUCAUGGAAAACCAAUACUCACUUUGUAUUUUCGUGUACAGUUCUAUGUUGAUCAAGUGGUUCUUCUUAGAGAGAAAGUAACGCGUCAUCUCUACUAUCUACAACUGAAGGAUAAUGUAUUUAACUACAAUCACGGAUGUCUGGAAGAGAAAUGUUUUCAGAUAGCAGGGUAUGCUCUACAAGCAGACUUCGGUAACUAUGCGGCUGCAGUGGAACUUGACAACUACUUUGACCCUCGAGAAUACUUCCCAGCUUGGAUGGUAGAUCUGCAUGGCCAGUCAUAUCUUGUGAAAAACACACCGGUAGUACAUCGUGAUCUACAGAGUGUAUCCCGUAGUGAGGCAGAAUGGAGGUUUAUCAAGGAGACAUCUGUACCUCCCUCAGCACACAAUUUACACUUCUAUAGGCUUCGCAAGAAGAAAACAGACAAGGCUUGGAAUGCCUGGCUAGGAAUAUGUGCUAAAGGAAUUGAAAUAUAUGAGGAUUUAGAUGAUGGAUUUAAAGACUUGAUAUCAACAUUUUUAUGGCCAGAUAUAGGAAAGUUAACAUUUGAUAAAAAGAAAUUUGAAAUCCGUUCGGUUGGGACGCCAUCUGGCAGAAAGUUCACUUACUACACAGACUCAGAUGUGAAAUCAAAAUACUUACUAACUUUAUCACGUAAUACACACAUGUUUCAAAUGGCUAUACAACCAAAAUUAAUGGAGAUCAGGCAUUUAGAAGAAGAAGAUAAGAGACGGUACAGAGAAUCUUACAUACAUGGAGAGCCUCGAGAUGUAGUCAGCACUCCAGGCUCAUUCCGUACCAACAUCUCGCCACGCUCUAAGACAGCAAUGGGUAACCGUUAUUCUGUGGUCAGUGACACCAGUUCCAACACUACCUCUGGUAUAGCCAGCGAUAAAAUGACAGUCAGCUUCGAGGAAAAUGAUGAUCGUGAAAUAAUUAUCGACACUCCUCCAAUGCCGUCAGGAAUGUUAUUAAACACCCCUAGUCAGACCAGGAGCAAAAUUGUUUCAACUCUUCCAGGUUAUAAACCGUCUCCGCUACCAGGUGCCAACAGAAGUCCAGUUUUAGAUCACAGCAGUCAGUUCAAUGCAUACACCUUCCCUUCAAAUCGUGUGCAAGUUCACUCGCCUCCUUACAGAUUAACCAAUCAGAACAAUGUUAGUUCAGGCAGCGUCCAAUCAGAUAGGAGUGGGAGUGGCCAGUCAGAGGCUUACUCUGUAGACAGCAGUAGUAGUGGAAGCUACAGGAAAAGAUACAAGCAACAACAGCCACAGACAGGUGUUUAUAGUCCAGUUGUACCUUUAUAUUCAGAAAUACAGGUUGAAACAGGUGCAAGGGAGAAAACGUCACAACCAACAAGUCGUAGUGCCAGUAGAAAAGAUAGUUUUAAAGAUAUUUUAGCCGAGUUACGUGCACAUCAGAACUUAAAUAUAAAUAUGUUACCACCGAAUCAGCCACAUUUGGUUGAGACACCGGAGUUAAAACAUGUACCGUCUUUCCAUAUGGAGGAUUUAGAUUAUCCUCAUAGGUCAGUAUCAAGGUCAGGGUCGUCAGACCACAGAACUAAUAAAUCUUUCGAAAGUGAUCUGUCUGCGCACUCCUCACAACAUACGAGUAUGAGUACAGUGACGUCACAUGACUAUGAGAAUGUUGUACUCCUGUCUCAGGAGUCAGUGGCCAGUUAUCGUAGCAGUGAAGGAAUGUUACUAGAUGCUAUUCAUAUAGGAGGAGGUGAGAGAUCACUGCCAGAUUCCAGCUACCACAGCAGUGAAGGACUUGUGUCAGAUGUAAGCUAUCACAGCGAUGACAGAGUAUUACAGGAGGCAGAGGAGAUUUUACUGCCUCCUAUGCCAUUUUCAGAUGAACAGGCAUUGAAGGAUAUACCUGUUGAACAACUGCCAACAGAUAAACAGUCGGAAUUGGCCGUGACACAGUUGCCAGAACAUGAGGCAGCCCAUGAUGCUAUGGAUCUAAAGAUAACUGAUCCAGAGGUUCAGGUUGGUGAGGGUGGAGUUAAGAAAGGGAAACCAACACACAUAAAAGUAAUGAACAAAAAAGAAGUCCUUCAUCCAGAGAUUGAGGAAAUACGAGGCAAAUCUCAUGCAUUUUCACUUCCGUUUAUAACAGCACUAUGCAAUGAUAAGACAUUACAACCAAUACACAGUAGAUCUGGGAGUAUAGCUGGCUCUUAUGAUAUGUCAUCGAUUCGCUCGACUGAUUCAAGAAUAUCUAGAAUCUCUCAUGAUACAGAUGUAAGAAGACUUUCAAUAUCAGGUUAUCCUGGUAGCACUAGCGGCACUUUAGUUAACAAUUCUUUCAAUUCUCACAGACCAUUUAGCUGGCAUAGUGAAAGUUUUGAUUUAGAUGCACAGUUAGCUAAUCUGACAGCGGGUAAUAAUUCUUUGUCAGAAAAUCAUCGUAGUGUUCCACAAAAUUUGACAGACUUUAACUCGGAAGCUUCUUGGACAACAGCAAUCUCGUAUGCAACACCAGGAGGACAGAGUUCAGAAAGGUCACCAGAAGUAAUAGCAUCGCAGUUAAUGAUACCAUCAAAGUUAUCUAGUGGGGGACAUAAUUCUACAGAAGCAAAUAUUAGACAUAAAUCUUUAAUGAAUGAAAAUAUAGGGAUAGCAUGAUAGUUUUACAACAGAAUUACAACAGAGCAACAUGAUAGGGCUGCAUACAUUUGUAUUGUUAAACCUUUGCUUUUUUGUAAGAACUUUAAGGAUCGAAAAAAUGACAGUUUGCAGUACACAAGUGUUAAAAUGUGUACUAUUGUAAAAUUUGAUGAGUUUUCCUGAAGCUUUAUUUUAACAGUACUGUAGGAACUUGUGUAUAAUGGGCAUUUAUAAUCUACAGAAGCACUUGCAAAGUGGGAGUGUAUAUUAUACACAGAAAUAGACAUUUUUUUAAUUUAAAAUAAGUUUCAUUACGAUUAUUUGCUAUUUCAGUGAAGGGAAACCAAGCUUAAUGCUAAAAACUAAGAAUCUACAUGUGCAUUAUCAACAGAUACAUAUUAUACAUAAGUAUUUAUGGUACUUUUGCUAUUUAUGCUGUGGUAAACCUGACAUCUAUGUUGAAAAUCAUUGUCAUGAAGUGCUGGGGAUACAAAACGUUAUACAUUGUGUAAGUUGUAAGGUACAUGUGAUCAACAUACAUAACACAGCAUGUAUAACACAGAAUAUUUAAACACGAUACAUUAUGAAAAGUUAACAUUUAUAAUAGUUGAAUUAAAAAUAAUAUUGAUAUGAAAUAUAUACAUUAAAAGGUAUCAUUCAUUUUACACUUCCAUAACAUAUAGAGAUUUACUAAUCUGUGUUAUUGAAUUGAUUUGUAUGUGCUAAAACUGAUGUUAGUUUAAACUGUAUUUAUGGUAUUCCAGUUUUAACACAACUCAAUUGAUAAUACAUUUAUAUGUUUAUGAAUGCCACUUUGUAUGACAGCAUUAUGUAAGCAAAAUGGUAAAUAUCCAAGUAUUGUACAAGGGCUUCCGAAAUUUUGAAAACUCAAUUUGUCCAAGACAAAAUUAGAACCUAAUUUAUUUCAGUUGGGAAUAAAUGAAGAAGCAUCUUCUCCCAGUACCAUAUUGCAAGAUAAACAAAAUGUAAAACUAAAAGAGACUAAAAUUUAUUGUUGUGGGAUAGUAUACUAUCAAGCAAUUUUUUUCGAUUGCAUUGUGCUGCAUGUAGCCACUACAGUUUGAAAAUUUUAACAACUUUUUUAUGACUCCUUAUUUGAGGUAAAUAUUGAAAUAGAAGCUCAAUUUUUUGGCCAUGUUGAAAUUAAAACUUUAAGUAAGUUUUGAAAAAUCAAAUAAUUACAAAAUUAAUUUUGUUGGCACCCUUUGUGAUGAAUACAAACUCAUUCUUACUAAAUGCAAUACGAUUUCCUUCAUUGUUCGUACUUGUAUUCAGACAUUUUCUUUGAAAUAAAACUUAAGGUAGGUCUCCAAAGAUAAGUUUUAUGCAGAUACUUCCUCUGAUUAUCAGACUGACACGUUUUUAAUGUUCAUAAAAACUUACAAUUGCAUAACACAGUUGGUAUGAGCCAAAAUCAGUUAAAAUAUGAAAUUUUAUUAUCUCAAAAGUUAGUUAAUGAUUCCAAUCAAAAGUAAUUACAACAUUGAAAUUGGCUAGAUGCAAGCAUCAAAGUACAUUUCUGUGCUAACACUAUACAACCCAUGCUAAUUAUGGACUGAUUACCAAAGUUUAAUGUCGUGAUUAUUGGAGAGUUGAACAUGCAAUCAAAUAUUUCUUGCUGGCAGGUGGUUAUAUAUUGAGAUUUCAAAACUUUCUCAUUUUAUGAAUUGGCCUUUAAAAUUAAAUAUAGGUCAAAAACUGACAAACUAGCUAUUUCCGAGGCCCUGAUUGUACAUGCUGUUGAAAUUGAGAUUCAAGUUUUCCGUUUCAUGUAUUCCUCAAAGUGAUUCAGUUUUCUGUGGAAAAAGACUAAUUAAAAAUAAACAUAAUGGGUUCUUAUUCAGAAAUUUGGUUUUAGUGCCAUAUCUUUGUGUUUUGUUGUAAAUCUGUUGCAAUUCGUGUUAUGUAAAUAACAUUGUCUGGUUGUUUUGUUUGAGCUGAAAUCAAGAAUUGGAACUUUUUAAAAUGCUUGCAAUAUAAUCAAAGUGUAUCUGUAGUAAACAGAAACAAUUUUAAGGGUUUUAUAGACUGUGAGGUCUUCAUGGUUUAACGUUGUGUAUAUUUGAGUAUCUAUGUGUUUAUGAUAUAUUUGCAUAUCUUUGCCAAAGUUUGUGAUAUUACCAUUAUUCAGAAUUUGUAAUGACAAGCAGUUUCUUUAUAUGUUCUAAGUUUUGCAGUAAAUUUGUUUUCAAGAUGAGAUUUGCUGUAUAUAGACUGAUUUUUUUUCUUUUUUUGGCAUUACAUAUAUAACAUGGUGUCUCAGAUUUAAUCUUCAAAAAAAAAAAGAAUUAUUUGUAAGUAGUCUGUAAUGAAUUUUGAACAGCAAAUGAAGGCAGUAUUUGCCAAAGAAGGCAGAAUUUGAAACAUUUUUCCACCCCACUUGGUGUUAAACAAAACAGCAAAAUUCAAACAGCAGAUUUAGCCACAUUCCUGUUGAUCCUUUCCAGACCUUGUUUAGUUGUAAACCAUCCUGUCUUAUCUUAUUUACUAUGUUUGAGCAGAGGAAAACUUUGUAGCUGUUUUGUCUAUUUGAAAAAAUAAAGUACUUUUACUGUAAAUUAUGGCAAAAUAAUGAAGUGUUUAUUUGGGGACGAUUGGCUGGAUUAAAUUGGUCCAAUAAAUAGGUGUGUAAAAUUUUUCUACAGUGAUGGUAGAAACUAGAGUCGAGUGUAAGUUUAUUAUAGAGGUCUUCCAGGUUUAAGUGAGAAAUUACUGGUGUAUCAUUGAUGAUAGAUAGCAUACAUUUUAUCAUUUGUACAUACUUUUCAUUAGCAUCUAGUGCAAUAUUUAUAUAGAUUAUUUAACCUUUUUUUGUAUAUACACACAGAGAUCAAUUUAUUCCAAAUCAUUUUAUUGUACAGAGAAAGAAAUCUAAGAGUUUUAUAUUCUUGUACAGAUUGUUUGUUGAGUUUUUUUUAACUUCAAAAUGAAUAACCCUAUCUUUAAGGUGAUAUAACAUUAACUUUGAUAAUAAAGUGUAAAAUUGAAACAGUUUAUUUGAUUGUACAAUUACAGGUUUUAAGAUUUUUACUGUAUAUGAUCUUCCAGCUGGUGCAUUGGACUUUUGAGAUAUUUAUUUGAUAGAUUAUUGCUUAGUGUGAUAGUUGAUAUGAGCCGCGCCGUGAGAAAACCAACAUAGUGCGUUUGCGACCAGCAUGGAUCCUGACCAGCCUGCGUAUUCAUGCAGUCUGGUCAGGAUCCAUGCUGUUGGCUAACUGUUCCUCUAAAUGCAAUAGGCUUUGAAAGCGAACAGCAUGGAUCCUGACCAUACUGUGCGGAUGCUGGUUGCAAACGCACUAUGUUGGUUUUCUCAUGGUGUGGCUCAUAUGUUUGUUGACUAUUUGAUAUAACUUACACAACUAAGACACUGAUUUCAGUGAAGGCAUGUAUUUUCAAAAUUUUAAAAUUGAUUAACUUUAUUAUUUAUUAAAGAAAACAGCUCUGAUAAUAUUCAAAAGAAAAUACAAAUGAUAUAAAGGGCUGAAAUGAAUUCAUUAUUUUCUCUUUCUUUUUAUAUAUACUUUAUUUUUAAAGAUUAUAGAUUUUACACAAUUUCUUCUUUAAAGCCUUGAGUUGAACAUAAAUAACCAACUGAUUUUGCAUAAGACUCUGCAGAAAUAUUGGUUUGACAUUUUUUAGUCAUACUGAUAUAAUAUUAAAUCUAUAUUUAUAUCCUUUCAAAUGCUUUAAACCCAGUCACGAGAUAAAUGAUGAAACAUCUUGUGGGCAAAGCAGAAAAAAACACAACAUAUUUACCUGUACAAAAGGCCUCAUAAUGUUCAGUUUAGCAGUGGUCUUAAGUGUGACCUUGUACUCGAGGCACAAAAUAACACUGAGUCAGAUAAUAUGGAAUUAAUCUUCCUGCCUCUACUUAUUAGCUCAUCUGAUUUUUUGAAAAAAAAUGAUGAGUUAUUGUCAUCACUUGAGCGGUUGUCGGCGUCGGCGUCUGCGUCGGCGUUGCCUGGUUAAGUUUUAUGUUUAGGUCACCUUUUCUCCUAAACUAUCAAAGCUAUUGCUUUGAAACUUGGAAUACUUGUUCACCAUCAUAAGCUGACCCUGUAUAGCAAGAAACAUAACUCCAUCUUGCUUUUUGCAAGAUUUAUGGCCCCUUAUGUACUUAGAAAAUAUCAGAUUUCUUGGAUAAGUUUUAUGUUUAGGUCAACUUUUCUCCUAAACUGUCAAAGCUUUUGCUUUGAAACUUGGAAUACUUGUUCACCAUCAUAAGCAGACCCUGUACAUCAAGAAACAUAACUCCAUCUUGCUUUUUGCAAGAUUUAUUGCCCCUUUUGGACUUAGAAAAUCAGAUUUCUUGGUUAAGUUUUGUGUUUAGGUCAGCUUUUAUCCUAAACUAUCAAAGCUAUUGCUUUAAAACUUGCAACACUUGUUCACCAUCAUAAGUUGACCCUGUACAGCAAGAAACAUAACUCCAUCCUGCUUUUUGCAAGAUUUAUGGCCCCUUUUGGACUUAGAAAAUAUCAGAUUUCUUGGUUAAGUUUUAUGUUUAGGUCAACUUUUUCUCUUAAACUAUCAAAGCUAUUGCUUUGAAACUUGCAACACUUGUUGACCAUCAUAAGCUGACCCUGUACAGCAAGCAACAUAACUCCAUCCUGCUUUUUGCAAUAAUUAUUGCCCUUUUUGGACUGAGAAAAUAAUUUUCUUGGUUGAGUAUUAUGUUUAAGUCAACUUUUCUCAUAAACUAUCAAAGCUAUUGCUUUAAAACUUGCAACAGUUUUUCACCAUCAUAAGUGGACACUGAACAUCAAGAAACAUAACUCUAACCUGCUUUUUGCAAGAAUGAUGGCCCUUUUUAGACUUAGAAAAUCAUGGGUAGGACAAUAUUUCUAUUACACAAAAAAAAUCAGAUGAGCGUCAGCACCCGCAAGGUGGUGCUCUUGUUUUUGAAUUUGCCAUCAAACUUUACAAAUGACCUGUGAGUUGUUGAGUUUGAUAUUAAGCAGCCAGUCAAGGAAAAAAAACAGAUUGGCUGCUUAAGAUAGGUAACCACUUCACAUAGGUACAAAGAUUUUCAGUGGAAAAUAUAAUAUAUAUCUAUAGCAUGUGGCUAAAAUAUGAGUACUGUUCUCUAGUAUUACUAAAUGGAAGAUACUUCUGAAUUUUUAGAUUAAAUAAAAAAGGUGAGAUUGUUUCUGUCUUACUGACCAUGAGUGAAGAAUUGAGUAGAAACUAGGUGUAAUGUGAUCGUUAACUGGGGCAGGAAGAUGCAUUUGGAAAUGAAACAAAAAAAAAAAACAGGAACUGCUGAACUAUUAAGGAGACGGCCAUUUAAUGCAGUAAUUUAAAGAAAGAAAUUGUUCAAGGGAAUUUUUGAGAAUGCAUAAGAAAUGUGACAGCACAAGUUGGACGACAGAAAAACAGUUGUUGCCUUUUAGUUUCAUUUGAUAAGAGAAUUUAUAAACCCUGGAAAAGUGAUAUCAACCUUGCCAAUACCAUUUUUCUCAGGUCAGUAUAUUCUCAUAUUGACUUAGCUUUAAGACAAUAGUUGCAUAUAUUGUAUAUUCGUAAGUCAGUAUAUUGAUUAAACAUUUUCAGUCUUUGACAGUUGUAGUGUGUACUUGCUUUAUUAUCAAACAUGAAACUGAACAGUAAGCCAAUUUUUUCUAUCCUAGACACAAUAAAUUCUAAACUUGUCUCUUCAUGUAUUCAGUUCUAUGCCAUUUAUUAGUAUCAGGUCAGAUUGUUUUCAGACAUGUAAAUUUCAUAUUCAUGUUGAAACAGGUUCUUAGCUGUAGCAAUGUUUUUGUAUUUGUACAAGAAACUCUUUUCUAACCUCCCUACACCGUUUGAGAUUUUCCAGGGCAACUGUACAGCGUCAUAUUCAUUUUAAAUUUAUUGAAAGUUUGGCAUUUAGCUGGUUAUAUUAUAUUACACAUUUCUUUAUUGAUAAAAGUGGUAGUCUUUGAAAAUGAAGGGCUGGGUGAAAAUCUAUUUCUCGUUAUAUUUCCUUUCAUUCUAGUUUUCACAUAGAACUUCAUUUGAAUUAUUUAAUACUGUAACUAAAUUUUGCACAUCACAUUUUGUGAAUUUUGCCCUUCGAUUUUAGCUGUCUGUCUGUCUGUCUGUCUGAUAAAGGAAAAUUUCAGCUUGGAUAUUUUCACUGUGGCAUUUGAGUCUAUUAGAAAUAUUUCUUGUUUUUUAUGUUUGCUUUUUUUAAUGAACAAACUUUAUGUCAGGGUUUUAUUUGCCAGUAAUUUUAUUGUACUUUUAUUUUCCUAUUUCUUACUCGAAACUUAAGAUGGAAAAAAAUAUGGUAAAUUAUGUUUGCUGAUCAAAGAUCAUACUUGUAAUGUAGCAUUUAGAACUGACAGUUGUCUGCACCAGUAGAAUCAUAUUGUUAAAAAGAAUAAAAGGAAAAAGAGUUGAAAAUGUUUCAUGUCAAAUUUCCACUGUUAGGUUCAGCUUGUGAUUACCUCCAAUCUGUAAUAAGCCAGUUUAUAGUUGUGAUAUGCCAUGUAUAAUUUCUUAGUAAAUUUUCAAAGGGUAUUUCUGCUGUAUGUGAUGCAUGUACUAAAGGAAGUUAUAAUGGAUAAUACACCAUUGUAUUAAGUUUUACUGUGAGCUGGGAAUGAGGUUUGUCUAAAGUUUAAUGUGAAAUUUCACUUUUUAUCCGUAGAGUCAGUAUAAAUCAAAACACUUGCUUAGCAGAGUAACUCACAAAAAAAGUAAAUAAAUUUUCUCUCCACAUUUAGAUUAUUUUUGCAUAAUUUCGCUGUUAAAUCCCUAAAUCUCUGUGGGCAUAAGCAGAAUAUAUGCUUGUUUCAGUGCAAGAUCAAAAUAUCUUUAAACCGAUUGAACACCAGAUGCAGUAUUUUAAAAAGUAGCAAAGGCUUGAGUGAAAAUGUAAACUCUGGUGUUCACAAGGGAAAAACAUUACAGUUAUAAUGUAAAACAAAUGUAAUUUUUAUUUCCAGUUUCUUCAAGUAGUUUUAAAUGUUACUGAUUUUGUAGUCCCAUCCAGUGAAAUUUAUAUUUAUACCCUAGGCAGAGGUUAUGAAUUAAUGGCAAUACAUUUAUUCUUUUGAGUCAGUUCUUCCUAACAGAAUGUUUAAUUUGCAAAUUUUAUCCCACCAACAGAAUUCACUGCUGAUUUCUUUUAAAGCAUUUUAUGAUUUUUAUCAUGUUUUACACUUGAGUAUGCAGAUUUCAUGUUUUUAGAUAUUUUCUUUGAUAUGUGCUUUUGGACUGAACUAUUUGCAUUCCUUUGUUACUGUAUACCUUAUUUUUUCAACCACUUUGUUAUUUUGAUAUAUGAACAAAGCAAGACUUUUAAGAUUUGUUGCAGAAGGUAGGUUGUAAGUAACAUAAAUUAUUCACAUACUUUGUGAGAAUUAAGAUCGACAUAUACUAGAGAAAUGUGGAAGAAAAUGAUGCAGUACAUUUUGAUGUUUCAAAAGCUUAUAAAACUGUAGUUGAGAUUUUACUUUCGUGUUUAUAAUUACAGUUUUUGCUGUCUUUUUAUUUAAUUUCAGCAUGGCAGUCACGUUUUCUUGAACUCUUGUUGACUUAUUAUAGUUACAAAGCAAGACUUUAGCGAAACUUAUAUCCAGACAUAAACAGUAGUCAUUGAAAAAGUUAAAUUUUUCAAAGUGUUCAUUAGAAGAAGCAUUGUAGAUAUAGUGUGUGGAUAGUUAAUACACGAUCAAUCUGAACAGUUAUUUUAUAUCCAAGUGAAACCUACCAGUGAUAUGUACAGGGACAGGUGGGGUCCUGUAGAUUGUAUACACAUAUAUAAAUAUAUAUUAAUGAAUACUCCCAAUAAAUAUAUAACAUUUA